GGCCUUACACUACAAUCUACGACAUCUAAAAAAUGACGGAAAAUGCGCCCCCGGGAAGCGCAAACAAUGGAAGCACAGACAAUUCGCGCGGCACGCCCUACUACGAGAGGCUGCGACGUGACCUCCGCGAGUCGCUGAACAAGAAGCGCUUGAUCGAUAACAAUCUGCUACAACUCGAAGAUAACAUUCUACGAGUCGAAACCCAGUACCUAGAAGAGACGAGCGCCGGCAACAUCAUAAAAGGCUUCGACAAUUACAUCAAGGGCGCAGCGACUACGACGACCACGGGCGGGGCAGGAACUGCGACGAGGCGAAAAGCCCCAAUCAAUGAUGCGGACAGGAUAUUCAGCCGGAGUUCGACCAGCUUCUUGAGGGUAUGCGAAGGAAAAGACCAGACCUUUUCGCAGCGUAGAUUAUAGAGGGACACAACGUAUGCUGACGCUGCCAUGCAGGAAUCGUCGACACCAGGUUCAGCAACCCCAUCGCACGCUCCUGCGCCGACCUCAUCCUUCCCUACGCGCGAGUCGAGCCAACCCACGAACGGUGCGAAGCCAGGAGAUAACAAGAAGAAGAAGGCAGCCGAAGACGACGAUGAACACAACAACAAGACCAAGCGACAAA